GUCAACUAGCGCACUUCUCAACUGGAAAUAUCACAGCGAAAACAAAGCAGUCCAUAUUGAUUGUCUGAUUAAAGGAUACACAGUUUCAGCUACCGAGGAAGUCUUAAAAAUGAAGCCAUCCACCCUCAUGGUUCUCCUUAUCAGCUCAGCUGCUUGCAUCAAUUUGAAAUUCAUCUCGAAGAGAAACUCUGUGGAUGGCUGCAUUGACUGGUCGGUGGAUCUGAAGACUUACACAACACUGGCAGGCGAGCCAGUGAGAGUGAAGUGUGCCCUCUUCUACAGUUACAUCAGAACCAAUUACACUAUGGCCCAGAAUGCCAAGCUACGCCUCAUCUGGUACAAGAACAAGGGCGACUCUGAGGAGCCUAUCAUCUUCUCAGGACACAGGCUGAGCAAGGAGGAUGACUCCAUCUGGUUCCGCACAGCCGAGCUGGAAGACAACGGGUUUUACACCUGCGUCCUGAGAAACUCCACAUACUGUAUGAAGGUGUCCAUGUCCCUGAUGGUGGAGGAGAGAGACUCCGGUCUCUGCUACAGCAGCAAGAUCCGCUACCUAGAGAAGGCUGAGAUCACAAAGAGCAAAACCAUCACCUGCCCAGACAUCGAAGAUUACCUGGCCCCAUACAGACAACCCAGUCUUUCCUGGUACAAGGAGUGUGAAAAGAAAACAUGGAGGAGUUUGAUAGUGGUGAACAGAACAAAUAUCUGGAUCCCUGAGAUUGAGGAAGAGGACGGUGGAAAUUACACAUGUGAGCUCAAAUACGGAAGCAGACUGGUGCGGCGGACCACAGAGUUGAAAGUCACAGCUCUGCUCACCACGAGACCUCCGAAGGUGCUGUUUCCCACAGAGAAGCAUCCCAGUGUUAUAGAUGCCCAACUGGGCAUGCCACUCAGUAUCGACUGCAAAGCCUUUUUCGGCUACAGCGGUGAAUCUAGACCCAUUAUCUACUGGAUGAAAGGGGAGAAGUUUGUGGAGGAGCUGGAAGGUCACAUAAAAGAAAGUGAAGUCAGGGUCCUCAGGGAGUUCCUGGGCGAGAAGGAGGUGGAGCUCUCUCUUACCUUCGAUGCCGUGGAAGAAGAGGACAUGGGAAGCUACGUCUGCUAUGUGGAGAACCACAUCGGAAGGAAGCACGGCACUGCCAUCCUACAGAAAAGAGAUAUGCGUAGGUUAGAGCUUGCCAGUGGUCUUGGGGUGGUCCUACUGCUACUCGGCCUCCUCAUUGCAGUCUACAAGUGCAAUAAGGUGGAAAUCAUGCUGUGCUACCGCAAAAACUUUGGGAGAAGUGAGGCGGAGAAUGACAACAAAGAAUACGACGCAUCUAUGUGCUACACCAAGGUGGACCUCGGCCUGUUUGAGCACGAUUCAACCGAGGAGGAACAGUUUGCCCUUGAGGUCCUCCCAGAUGUCCUGGAGAAGCACUAUGGGUACAAACUCUUCAUCCCUGACCGUGACCUCAUCCCGAGCGGCGUGUAUGUGGAGGACCUGGUGCGCAGCGUGGAGCAAAGCCGGAGGAUCAUCAUCGUCCUGACGCCCAGCUUUGUGGCCAGGCGCGGCUGGACCAUCUUCCAGCUGGAGCCUCAUCUCCACAGCAUGCUGGUGACCGGCGAGAUCAAGGUCAUCAUGAUCGAAUGUAGCGACCUCCAGAGGGUCAUAAACUACCAGGAGGUGGAGGCCUUAAAGCACACCAUCAAACUGCUCUCCAUAGUCAAAUGGAGGGGCCCCAAGGACAACGAGCUCACGUCCAAGUUCUGGAAGCGGGUCCUGUGCGAAAUGCCCGUCAGGAAGAAGGAGAGCCACUCGAGCCGGCAGAUGCUAGACUCCGGCGAGCAGGGCCUCUUCGCCGACCUGCACAGCAUCUCCACCAUCGCCAUGACCUCUGCCUCCGCCUCCCUGGUACCGGCUCAUACCAAGAACCCCAGGUUCGACCACGUGAACCACACGCAGAAGACACACUACUGCCGCACCUACGAUUUCGAUAAUGGUCCCACCCCGGUCCGGGUGGCUACACUGGGGCAUCGGCCCGUGUACUGCAACAUCCCCAUGACUCUGCUGAAUGGACAGUCCGGCCAGCAUAACUCCACUGUCAAAAGCAGGUCGGAGAUCCUCUUCAACAGGAAGUUCAUGCCCCUAACCCCGGAGGGACUCACAAGUGAUAUCUGGUAACUGGCCAGCUCUUCUUUUUUUCUUUUCUCAUCUGCAU